AUGGCCAGUCAACCAAGAAGCCGCUCGGCACCUUUUGACGUGGACGCGUUAUAUGCCGCCAUAAUCAACACCCUCAGCAUCGGACCGGCCCUCUACAACUCUUGCUUACCAGGUGUCGCCGUCUUCAGAUGGAUUCGAAUUCUCACUUUCAGCUGGAGCGUCUGCCUCUUUAUCGGAAUGGUGUCUGCGGUCAUCGCCAUUAGCCGACCGCUGCCCAUUUUCGAGCCGUGUGCUACAAUGAACUCUGUCGCAAUUCUAACACAGCCAAGAGAUCUCGACAUUGCCAACUUUACCUGUGUCUAUCCAUGCUUUGAAUCAAGCCUCGCAAGCAACAUUCGGGCCGCGCUGGAAGUUGGUGCUAUCCAAUCUUUUAACCUGUCAUCUCUUUCCGAUGACGAGAUCGCCGGAGGCAGCUUCGUGGAUGAGCUGAAAUGGAUGUCUAGAGCGCUGUACACAUCUUUAUCAACCAGCUUAGUGGUGACUCGCCUCGCCCUCCGUUUUAAGGUCAAGCAUAGAUGGGAGCUUACGCUUACAUCGACGCCGUUGGCUUUCGCAUCAAUGCUAUCGAUAUUGAUAUUAGAGCAAAAGCUUCGAAUACCCAACUUUCCACAGGGAGAGUCCUUCAGAAAUGCCGAUCAAUGGUCGGUAUUGAUCAACGCCGUGAUGUGA